AUGCGGAGGAUAGCUGAAAGCAAGUUUCUUCCUCGGAUCUCUUGCAAGCCAGAGAUUCCAAUGAAAAAAAUAGGGUCUGCGAGAAGUGGUGCAAGUUUCUUGCAGGUCAGUGGGCGUGUAAUCACGGGCUGACAUCGGGCAGAAGGAGCGCUCAUGUCACUCGUCCUGGACAGUGGGCAAGCAACGGCUUGGGCUGUCUCCGUGUGGAGGACGGUGGCACUGGUCAGGUGUCCACCGGUCAGUGGACAGGCGAAUUCCUGGGCUGACAUCCGGAGGCAGGAGGAUGAACCGAAGCUCACUUUUCUCCUGGUCAGUGGGCAGACGGGCUCCGGUGAGCUCGCUGGACUGGACACCGUGCGAUCGAAGACAGCGAAGAGCUGGUCAGGCUCUCCGCUGGGCCAGUGGACAAUGGGAGGGAGGUGUUACGCAUCUGCCAUUGGGCUGGCCAUCGGUGGCAGAGGAGCAGGCCCUCCCUGGGCACUCUUGACUCUGGACAGAGGUACAAGCGGAAAGAACAUGGUCUCUGCUCUUUCCUUGCCCCGGUGGGCUGCUUGGCAUGUCAACCGGUCGGUGGUAUGUGGAAACUGAAAGACAAGGCUCGUCACGGUCGAGCUGGGGGGAUGGCGAGCGUGGUGAGCGAGUCCGUGAAGGGGAAGGCAACGAUGAGCACGACGGGAAUGACCAAAAAAUGUAGUAGCGUGAAUGGGAGACCAUGUAAAGACAAUGUGCGGAGCUAAAGACGGAGAAGGGGAAGAACCAGAGAAGAUGUAGAAGGUUGCGG